AUGGCGGAAGACUCACGGGAUACACAAUCUCCAAAAAAUGACACAUCCAACGUCCCUCAACAAUUUGCGCCCACCAAAAAACCAAAACAUGAGUUCCCCAAGUCGCAGGUCGGGAAACUGUGGGAGGAGUUUGGAAACCCAGAAAAGCCCAUCAAUCUGAUUCCCGGGGCUUAUGACUCGGCAGGCGGAAAGCCGAAGGAUGUGUCAUUUACAGAUGCCUUCAAGGGGAUGUCUUUAGAUGGGUUACUAUCGUUUUACAAAAUCCCUUGUGCGCGCGAUUCUCUCUUGGUUGGCAUUGGCACCGGUUUUGGCGCCGGCAGUCUCAAAGCAGUUCUUGGUGGAUUGCGGGCAGCAUGGGCCAGCGUGCAAUUGGGCUGUGGGAACCUUCACCGUAACGUCGAUCGCGAUGUAUGA